UUCUGUCAACUGGAUUGCGGUAAAAUCGAAAGUGAUAUACAUCCAUUAACAAAAAAUGCGUAUCACAUAAAACCCACCAACGCCCCAUGGACUAUUGCACUUUAUACAAAAAAAGAAACCAGCUUCGAAUAUGCAUGCAGUGGGGUCCGGUUAAAACCCAAUUUAGUGCUCACUGCUGCACAUUGCGUUGCCAAGGAUAAAACCAAGGAGUUGAUGCCUUUUGAGUUUUUCCGGGUAGGUAACUCUAAGAGUGUUCUCCGGACGGUCAACGAAAACUUUGGUUGGGCGGUUGAGGAUGUGAUUCUCAAUGGGGCUUAUUUUCCGAACUCUUUAAAUGGGGAUGUCGCUCUGCUAAAACUGAAAUACAACACCGAAGACGAAAAUGGUGGGCUAAGUACCAUUUGUUUGCCGUGGGCUUACAAUGACGAUAUGACGGAAAUCGACAAAGAAAAUGGCAUGGUGGUCUCGUGGAACAGCACUAAUUCAAUGUUGAACCUGACCAUGGUUGUGACUCAAAUAGAAAAGAAGGAGUCGGAUGGCUAUCGUGUGAAAAUAAAAAGCAAUCAAAAGGUCUGCAGUGGUGACAGUGGCAGCGGCUUUAGCGGGUACUGCUAUAAUGAAAAAAAUGAAAAGACAAACCAGAUUUGCGUGUAUGGUGUGGUGAGCUAUACAAAUACAGGCAUUGAUAAUUUUACUUGCACUGAUAAUAUUAUGGUCAUUAACAUACGCCACGCCCAAAACAUGCAUUUCCUCAAAGAAUCUAUCGAAAAGUUAUCGAAAACAUGUGAAGAUAUUUCGUAAUUGAAUAAACUAAUUUUCACCACA